CUUCCCUUGCCUUCUUAACCGUUAUUUUACCCUUCGAUCGGUGUAAAGACUUUGCCAAUGAGAUUCACCUUCUGCCCAAAUUUUACCACCGACCUCGCUUCUGUCGCGUUUGUGAGAGCGCACGUUGUUCAAGGUGAAGGUGGUUGCCGCAUCGACACUAGGCCAACCAAAACAGGGUUUCAAGACACCUACCAGGCGUGCAGGCCUACUCAGCCACCCCCGAAUGCCAGCGCGCCAACACCAUCCAACGCCUCCUCGCCCCAGAUUCUUCAGAUCGCCAUCGUGCAGCUUUCAAUCCUGAUCUUGACGAUAAAGCUCCUGCUAUCCGCCGCAAUCUCGCCCCGCCGGCGCGCGACACAUCGAGCACGGCAACAAAGGGCAUCGACUCCUCGUCCCGAACGAUGCCUUCCACGCAGUACGGGAAAUUCCACGACUUCUGUCGCGAUUCGGGCAGCCGGCUCGCAACUAUACCAGUCUGCAACCUUUUCAAAGAGUCGCCAACGAGAGGAGGGGAUGGAUACGGUGGAUGUGAGCUGUUGGGCAUAUCAUUGAGUCGAGGGAGACAUCUAGGGAAUCUCGGAUCGAUACUACUCUGCGGCCUCGCGAUUCUUAUUUCGGCAUUCCUGAUAUGGCGAUCGGAAAGGAAGAAGGCAGCUGUUGGACGACGGGAGAUGCAGUUGUUCCUGAUCGGGUUCAUCGUUAUCGAGAUAUGCGAAAUCUUCACCGUCGGCGGCUUCCCGUUGCAGGGAGGCGUGCGCAGAGCAUUCAGUGCUGUCCAUAUCGCCGCGGUCGUUGCAACACUCUGGAUACUGAUGCUAAAUGGGGUUGUUGGAUACCAGCUACUUGACGAUGGAACCCCCAUGUCGAUGGCAUUGCUCUUUGUCUCCUCGGCCGUUUUGUUCGUUGGAACCGGCUACAUCGCCCUCGACACCGGCUUCUCAUGGACUGGAUACUGGAACGACACUCUGGUCGCUCCGAACCAAGCAUACGCGCUCUACACCCUGUACCAGCUUGUUCCCCUCGUGUUCCUUGUCGCCUUCUUCCUCUUGGAAGCCUUCCUGGUCCUUCGAAUUCUCGGCGAAAAGAAGCCUAUGAUGUAUCUCAUCGGCGCAGCCCUGCUCUUUGCAAUUGGUCAGAUCUUCCAAUACAUAGCCAGUGUCCACAUCUGCAACGGAACCAGUGGUAAGAUUAAUGGUGGUCUGUUCGAAACGCUUUUCACCCUGCUUGCCGUCGUUACGAUCUGGAUAUUCUGGUCUAGCAUUACUGAGGACGAUUGGCCAAUGCCAGGAGUAGCAGGCUCCGCGACGUACACAUAGUGAGGGCGUAAUGGAAAGGAGAGGGAGAGGACUAAUGGCUUUCUUAAUGAGCGAGACGAUUUGUCUUAGCAUAGCGAUAUACCAGGCUUGGUGCUUUCUGUUGGGUUUGACUCAACAAGAAGCUUCUUCAGUAGGAUAGAAUAAUACAAUCAGCUAUACAAAUGCCUUGAUCUGCCC